AUGGCCGACUCCGACGAGGAAUAUGUGGGUGAGGUAACAGAAGAUGAAGAUGAUUUACAGGUGACUCGGGGCGAUAUUUCGCGAGCCAAAAGAAAGCAGCGCGGAGGCGCAGAAUGGGAGCUAUCCAGAACCUGGGAGACACUGGUGGAGGGCGCAGAUGGUACCAUCAACUCGACUGUCGAAGGUCUGUUGGAGGCUGGGAAACGAAAAAGGCUCCUGAAAGAUACAACACCACUCCAGCGCGGUAUUAUUCGACAUCUCAUCCUAAUUCUGGAUCUUUCGCAAUCCAUGUCCGAGAAGGACUUGCGACCUACAAGAUACUUGUUGGCUCUCCGAUAUGCCCAGGAAUUUGUGAGAGAAUUUUUUGAACAAAAUCCCAUCUCCCAGCUUGGUGUCCUCGGACUGAGAGAUGGUCUCGCGCUCCGAGUCAGUGACAUGAGUGGCAAUCCAACAGGACACCUCACAGCCAUUCAAGCGCUCAAAAUGCAAGAUCCGAAAGGUUUGCCCAGUCUUCAGAAUGGAUUGGAGAUGGCACGUGGUGCUCUUUUCCACACGCCUAGUCAUGGCACUCGAGAAGUGCUUUUUAUAUAUGGUUCCCUCCUUUCCUCCGAUCCUGGAGACAUCCACCAAACGAUAGAUGCCUUGAUUAGCGAUAAAAUCCGGGUUGGCAUUGUGGGGCUCGCAGCCCAGGUUGCUAUUUGCCGGGAACUUUCACUUUCGGGAGCUGAUGAUGGACGUGACCACACCCCCGGCUGCCUACUCACAGAAAGAAUCUACAAGCUCGUUGCUGAUGAUGGGAUUUCCUUCUCGUACAGUGGAGUCCAGUCCCUCGCUCUGCGCAUGCCAUUCAAAGCCCUCACGAGGAGGUUAUCUUUGCUCACGAUGCAAUAG